AGCUUGCCGCUCGCCUCGCUCAGGCCCGCGAUCGAGCGACGCCAUUGGCCAGCCAGCCAGCGAGCGGGCUGCGGGCCUAGCCUACGAGGACCUGCACGAGAAGAAAAGGGAGAGAAAACCAGAGCGAGUUCUCGGAUCGGGCGACGCCAUUGGCUGGGGCUAGUCGCUCCGGGCUUUUGCAUCAUCACGCUAGCUUCCGGAGGAAGACGCAUAAGCACCGAGCUUCUUGAGAAAGGACAAACCAGCUAGACGGCAGCGGGCCGGGCAUGAAGGGCGGCGGCGGCGACAAGGCCGGGAGGGGCGGCAGGCUGCUGCCGCAGCAGCAGCCGCUGCGCCUCGAGUCGCAGCGGUUCAGGCUGCUGUCCCUCGUCGGCGGCUGCUUCGUCUUCUGCCUCGUCUUCCUCCUCUCCUCCCGCCCCGACGCCACCGCCUUCGGCACCGUGAGCCCCAGGGCGGCGCUGGACGGCGCGCGCCGGCCGGCCGCCGUCAAGACGCUGCGAACCUCCUCCUCCGGCUUCGGUGGGGAUUUCCAUGUGGACAUCCUGCCGCAGCAGCAGCGGCAGAGGCUGCGGCAGAGCGUCGAGCAGAGCGCCGGCGACAAGACGGCCACAGAAUGGGUCAGAGACACGGUGAUCGUGGAGGAGAGGAGCGACGCCGAGGCCAGCGAAGCUGCGGCAGAACCGGAGGAGGCCGGGCGCGACGGCGACGGCAAUGCCGCUGCCGCCGCGUCCAACCCCGACGACCAGCCAGCACCAGGUGCCGAGGAGAAGGAGGUCCGAGACGACGCCGUGGUGACCACGGCCGCCGCCGCCGCCGCGACGACGACCACCGCGCAACCCGCCGCGGAGAUCACGGCGACCGCGCCCGACCUGCCAGAGGGGAAGGCGCGAGCUGCCGGCGGCGGUCAGAGCAAGCUCCAGGAGCAGCCAGCUCGGCAGCGGCAAGAGGAGCUCCACGAGCCAGCACGAUCUGGCGGCGGGGACCACCACCAGCAGCAGCGGCCGCCGCUGUGCGACUUCUCCGACUUCCGCAGCGACAUAUGCGACAUGGCCGGCGACAUCCGCUUGGACGCCAACGCGUCGGCGUUCGUCGUCGUCGACCCGGCGACCGGGGCCGGCAGCGGCCAGUGGCACCGGGUCCGGCCGUACCCGCGGAAGGGCGACGAGACGUGCAUGGGCCGGAUCACGGAGGUCACGGUGCGGUCGACGGGCGACGCGCCCGGCGCGCCGCGGUGCACGCGGUCGCACGCCGGGCCGGCGGUAGUGUUCUCCAUCGGCGGGUACACGGGCAACAUCUUCCACGACUUCUCCGACGUGCUGGUGCCGCUGUACAACACCGCGCAGCGGUACCGCGGCGACGUGCAGCUGGUGAUGGCGAACGUGGCCUCGUGGUGGCUGGUCAAGUACGACAAGCUCCUCCACGAGCUGUCGCGACACGCGCCGCUGGACCUCGCCAAGGCCGGCGCCGCCGGCGAGGUCCACUGCUUCCCGCGCGCCGUGGUGAGCCUGCGCGCGCACAAGGAGCUCAUCAUCGAGCGGGAGCGCAGCGCGGACGGUCUUGCGACGCCGGACUUCACGCGGUUCGUCCGGCGCGCGCUGUCGCUGCCCCGGGACGCGCCGACACGGCUGGGCGACGGCACGGGCCUGAAGCCCCGGCUCCUGAUCAUCUCCCGGCACCGCACCCGGCUGCUCCUGAACCUGGACGCCGUGGUCCGCGCGGCGGAGGAGGUCGGGUUCGAGGCCGUGGUGAACGAGUCCGACGUGGGCAACGACAUCGCGCAGGUCGGGGCGCUCAUCAACUCGUGCGACGCGCUGGUGGGCGUGCACGGCGCCGGGCUGACCAACAUGAUGUUCCUGCCGCCGGGGGCGACGCUGGUGCAGAUCGUGCCGUGGGGCGGGCUGCAGUGGAUGGCGCGGGCGGACUACGGCGACCCGGCGGAGGCGAUGGGGCUCCGGUACAUCCAGUACGAGGUGGGCGUCGGCGAGAGCACGCUCAAGGACAAGUUCCCCAGCGGGCACAAGAUCUUCACCGACCCGACGUCGCUGCACAAGAAGGGGUUCAUGUUCAUCAGGCAGACGCUCAUGGACGGCCAGGACAUCGCCGUCGACGUUGGCCGCUUCAGGGAGGUGCUGCUCCAGGUGCUCAACAACCUCUCGCAGUAGACGCCUGCCUGCGUGCCCGAUCGAGUACAGAGCUGCAUAGUAGUAUAUACAGUACACCGGUGCCAUGUAUACGUGUAUUCAUUUAGUUGGAGCUUUGUAUCAUUAUACGGAUGUACACUUUGGCGUAAUCUUUUUUACCUGAAAGCAAGAUUACCAUGAGACCUCUGUGGUCGCCACAUCACACACAAUUUACAUGGAGGCUUAUUACAGUUGA